AUGAAUGAGCCACUCGUAGAUUUGGUGAAUGCCUCUGAUUUCCCCGAUGAUGCGGCUACUUCUCGAAACUGCACUGAUGAAAAAAUCCCGCUCAAGAGUCACUACCUCCCGCUGAUUUACAGCCUCAUCUUCCUGGUGGGCUUUCCUGGGAAUGCAGUGGCCAUUUCUACCUAUGUUUUCAGAAUGAGGCCCUGGAAAAAUAGCACCAUCAUCCUGCUGAACCUGGCCUGCACAGACUUGCUCUAUCUGACCAGCCUCCCUUUCCUAAUUCACUACUAUGCGGGUGGUGAAAACUGGAUCUUUGGGGAGUUCAUGUGCAAGUUCAUCCGCUUCGGCUUUCACUUCAACCUCUACAGCAGCAUUCUCUUUCUCACCUGUUUCAGCAUCUUCCGUUAUUUUGUGAUCAUUCACCCCAUGGCCUGCUUCUCCAUUCACAAAACACAAUGGGCAGUGGUGGCCUGUGUUAUGGUGUGGGUCAUUUCGCUGGUGGCCGUCAUUCCCAUGACCUUCCUGAUCACAUCCACCACCAGGACCAAUAGAUCUGCCUGCCUUGACCUCACUAGCUCAAAUGACCUCCUCACGAUCAAGUGGUACAACCUGAUUUUGACCACCAUCACCUUCUGCUUCCCACUGAUCAUAGUCACCCUUUGCUACGCAAUGAUUAUCUACACCCUAACACAAGGUCCUCAGCCUCAUAGCUGCCUUAAACAGAAAGCUCGAAGGCUCACCAUCCUCCUCCUCCUGGUGUUUUACAUCUGUUUUUUACCCUUCCAUAUCUUGAGGGUCAUUCGGAUUGAAUCUCGGCUGCUCUCCAUCAGCUGCUCCAUGGAGAAUCAGAUCCAUGAAGCUUACAUUGUUUCUAGACCAUUAGCUGCCCUGAACACCUUUGGCAACCUGUUACUGUAUGUGAUAGUUGGUGACAACUUCCAGCAGGCCGUCUGUUCAAUGGUAAGAUGUAAAGCAAGUGGGAACUUAGAGCCAGCAAAGAAGAUGAGCUACUUCAACAAUCCUUGA